AUGGGCUCCAGCCUCAAGUACCGAGCUGGCCUCUGCCUCAUCGUCGCCGUCGUGCUGAUUUGGGUCCUCUCCGCCGAGGUCACGCAGGGGAUAUUCACAAAGUACAAACAUCCGUUUGCAAUUACUUACUUGGGGGCCUCCCUUAUGGUCAUAUAUCUCCCUUUGUCAUUUCUAAAAGACUUCAUAUACAAUUCAAUGAGACGGCAUUCUGGAAACACUAGUGCUUUAAAAAUUGCAAGCAAAUCUUCCUUUGGUGGUAGUGCCCCUUUGAAGAAUGGUGAAUUUCAGAAGGUGUUGGAAAUGGAAUCACAGAAAACUAUAAUGAUAAAUUGCACUGAUGUGAGCAUUCCUGUAGUAGAAGAGACAAAACCACUCAUAUACGGAAUCACUGAAAUGAAUGAUGGCGUUUUGAAGGACAAGCAACUUUCCACUAAGGAGAUUGCAACUUAUGGAUUGUAUCUUUGCCCCUUAUGGUUUGUGACAGAGUAUUUAUCGAAUGCAGCGCUUGCAAGAACUAGUGUUGCCAGUACCACCGUACUGUCUUCAACUUCAGGACUCUUCACUCUUUUCAUUGGUGUUUUACUUGGCCAAGACUCCAUAAAUGCUGCGAAAGUGAUUGCUGUUUUCAUUAGCAUGGCUGGCGUUGUAAUGACAACUAUGGGCCAGACUUGGGCAUCUGAUGAAUCAGAAGUAGGCAAAUCUGGUGAUACACAGAGGACUCUUCUAGGUGAUAUGUUUGGUCUUAUGUCAGCAAUCGCCUAUGGUCUAUUUACUGUGCUGCUUAAAAAAUUCUGUGGAGAGGAAGGAAAAAAGGUUGAUGUCCAAAAACUGUUUGGUUAUCUUGGACUUUUUACCCUUGUUGCUCUCUGGUGGAUUGUCUGGCCAUUAACCGCACUAGGCAUUGAGCCAAAGUUUUCGAUGCCCCACUCAGCUAAAGUGGAUGAAGUGGUGGUGGCAAAUAGCCUAAUCGGAAGUGUACUAUCAGACUACUUCUGGGCUCUUUCUGUUGUUUGGACUACUCCCUUGGUGGCCACCCUAGGCAUGUCUCUCACAAUUCCACUAGCAAUGGUUGCUGAUAUGAUCAUUCACGGCCGUCACUAUUCAGCAGUAUAUAUUCUUGGUUCUGUCCAGGUAUUUUCAGGCUUUGUUAUCGCGAACCUUGCAGAUCGGUUUUCACGUUCUCGAGGGCUAUUAUAG